AUGUCUCUGAAUCUUCAAGAACAUCCAGAGACUCAAUCCUUAAACCCUAGCCAGUUCUCGCUAUUUAUGUAUAACCAUGGAGAUGCUACUCUCUCUCAAAUACCUCUCUCUGCAGCAUCAAACUUUCACCACUCUGCGUCCACUCAAUUCACCAAUUACUCUGCAGUACACGAAUCGGGGUUGAAGAAUCACUUGAUGGAUCAAGAGCUUAAUGGUUUUGAUCAAAACAACAACUUUCAACAUCUUUGUGUUUCAAACACACAGGAUUACUCAGCGUUACCAACGGCACAAGUAUCUGGCUUGACGAAUCAGUUGAUGCAGAAGGAGGACCUUUAUGGUUAUGAUCAGAACAUGUGUUUGAGUAACAUCAACAGUAACAACUUUCAACAUCCUUGCAUCUUAAACACACAAGAUCACUAUGAGUUAAAUCAGUUGAUGCAGCAUGAGCUUUAUGGUUAUGAUGAUCAGAACACGUUUAUGAGUGAUAGUACCACCAGCAACUCUCAACAUCCAUAUCAGUUAUGUUCUGAUUUUCAGGACCCUUACAGUUAUAUGGUCAGUAACACUAGCUUGCCACAAGAUAUGUCUACAAGCUGUGGUGUUCAAUUUGGUGAGAGCAGUCUACUUCAGAAAUCUACUCUACCAUCAUCUCUCUACACCACUCCUAACAAUUCCACCUGCAAAGUCAAAUCCUUUACUCCUGCAUCUUCUAACAAACGAGAGACUUGCAACUUAGUAUCCGUUUUGUCUGAAUCCGCUGAUCAAUGUGGCGAUGCUCCUUGUUUGCGCUUUUUACAGAUUUCUGAUCAGAAUGAUGAUGGUCAUGGUCGUGCCCGUGACUGA